CCUGACCCUGUGCCCCCCAGCCAUGAGCCGCCGCGUGGUGCGCCAGAGCAAGUUCCGGCAUGUCUUCGGGCAGCCGGUGAAGGCCGACCAGAUGUACGAGGACAUCCGCGUCUCCAAGGUGACGUGGGACAGCUCCUUCUGUGCCGUCAACCCCAAGUUUGUGGCCAUCAUUGUGGAGUCCGGCGGCGGGGGGGCCUUCAUUGUCCUGCCUCUUGCCAAGACGGGACGGGUGGACAAGAACCACCCGCUGGUGACGGGGCACACGGCGCCUGUGCUGGACAUCGACUGGUGUCCCCACAACGACAACGUCAUCGCCAGCGCCUCCGAGGACACCACCGUCAUGGUGUGGCAGAUCCCUGACUACGUCCCCGUGCGCAACGUCACAGAGCCGGUGGUGACGCUGGAGGGACACUCCAAGCGGGUGGGCAUCAUCUCAUGGCACCCCACCGCCCGCAACGUCCUGCUCAGCGCAGGCUGUGACAACCUGGUGAUCCUCUGGAACGUGGGCACGGGGGAGAUGCUGCUGGUGCUGGAGGACAUGCACACCGACCUCAUCUACAACGUGGGCUGGAACCGCAACGGCAGCCUCCUCGUCACCACCUGCAAGGACAAGAAGGUCCGAGUCAUCGACCCCCGCCAGCAGCAGGUUGUGUCGCUGCUGGGCGAGGGUGCCUCGCUGCUGGGGCUGUGCCGCAGGGAGCUGACAGGCUCGUCGCACCCGUUGAGGUUCCCGAAGGUGAUGCGGGCGUUGAGGAUGUGGAAGAUGGGGAUUUCUGCGGGAAAGGGAAAAAAAGCAGGGAGGGAAGCCGGCUGUGCCACCCGUGCCGGCGGCAAAGACCCCCCCCGUACCGAUCUUGACAGGGAAGCCGGGCGGGAGGCGCAAG